AUGAGUACUUCUGAUGGUACCUUCUAUGGAGCUCUCGUUGCCAAGAGGUUACAUGGAAAAGUAGCCAUCAUAACUGGUGGAGCUAGUGGGAUUGGUGAAAGCACAGCCAGAUUGUUCGUUCGGCAUGGAGCCAAAGUUGUAAUUGCAGACAUUCAAGACGAUCUUGGGCAAUCUGUGUGUAAAUAUGUAGAUCCCGCAGGUCAGACCAUCUCUUACAUCCAUUGUGAUGUUACUAAAGAGGAUGACGUUGAAAACGUCGUCCGUAGCACCAUGGAAAAGUACGGUAAGCUUGAUAUAAUGUACAACAACGCUGGGAUAACUGGUGACUUGGGUAGCUCAGUAGCAGAUACUAAUUUCGAAGAUUUCAAGAGAGUCCUAGAUGUGAAUGUACUAGGUUCAUUCUUGGGUGCUAAACAUGCGGCUAGAGUCAUGAUUCCAGCCAAGAAGGGUUGCAUAUUAUUCACUUCUAGUGUUGCUUCUAUAAUAGCUGGCGAGACUCCAAAUGCUUAUACCACAUCGAAACAUGCUAUUGUAGGCUUAACAAAGAACUUGUGCGCGGAACUAGGGCAAUAUGGAAUUAGGGUUAAUUGCAUUUCUCCAUUUGCGGUUGCAACCCCUUUGAUGACUGCUUCCGUCAAUAUGAAGCCAAGUACGCUGGAAGCAGCAGUUUAUGAAUCAGCGGUGUUGAAAGGAACAUUAAUAACAGUAGAGGACAUCUCGGAGGCAGCUGUGUAUUUAAGUAGUGAGGAGUCUAAAUAUGUUAGUGGGCUUAAUCUUGUUGUUGAUGGAGGCUAUACUACUAGUAAUCCUACUCUCAGCAUGUCUCUGAGCAAGUUUGAAGUAGAACUUGCUAAUUGA